GUACCAGAGCCACAGCACAGGACUGGCUGCCCUGUGAAUGCUGUGAACGAUAGAGGUUGUGUAUAGGAGCAACUGUACUGGGCAGAACUGCACCACAUCACAUGCAUUACAAUUAGAGCCUCAGGUGCUCAAGUUAAAAACGUGCCUGGCAGACCAAGAUAAAGGGGUAUGAAAGCAACCAUCUGAACCAUCUGUAGGAGGAAAGCAGAUCAGAGUCUGAACAGAGGGACACGAGACUAGACCUUGAGCAGUGACAUUCAAGGCAUAGAGUGAGCUGAAAAGACUAAAGAGUGAUCUAAGUAGUGUUCGUGUUUAAGCCUCCCUGUCCAGCAGACUCAUGGCUAGCAACAACACUGCCAGCAUCGCCCAGGCACGUAAACUGGUGGAACAGCUCAAAAUGGAAGCUAACAUCGACCGUAUAAAGGUGUCUAAAGCGGCUGCAGACCUGAUGUCGUACUGCGAAGCUCACGCUAAGGAGGACCCUCUGCUGUCACCUGUGCCUGCUUCUGAGAAUCCCUUCAGGGAGAAGAAGUUCUUCUGUGCCAUCCUGUAAGCAGUGAUGGCUGGCCUUGGGCAUGCCUGCUCCAUCUGGGACCCACACACAUUGAUGUUAAGAACGUAAACCUUUUAGAGAGGGCUGAGGGGCAGGCGUGCGGUGACUCCUCAACCUCACCUGGUUCUCCAUGCACCCCGUGCAAAACCCCAACAUGGAGGGAGUGCCAGAGCUGUGCAUGUUUACAAGGGAAAGCACAGCCAACAUGAGCAACUGGCAUUACAGCAGCUCAAGCUGGAUAUGAUGUGUAAAUUGCAGUAUUAAUGCGGUAUUUUGUGGUCCCUAUGAGGUAUUCAAAUGUUUUGUUUGAUUCCAUUAAGUUGAUCGUGAUUUUGAAGCUGAUCACUGAGCAGAGAACCAUGGUUCAUCAUGGAAAUGUUCUGAUUUAUUCUUUGUUUGCUCUAUUUCAAUAAUCAUUGAUUUCUCUUAAAUGAUUUUGGUAUAUAUGACUUAGGUAGCUUUCUACGUAUGUACUUUUUUUUUAUUUAAUAAUAAUAGAUAGGUAAAAACAUUUUUUAUGAAAGAUUUGCACACAUACAAAUAUUCCUAACAGAUACGUAUCUUUAUGAAACUGAUUACAACAUUUGACUAUGUAUAACAGGCAGUUUAAUUUUUGUCUCCUUCAAAAUAUAGGUCUUUUUACUAUUUGUAAAAAAUCAACUGUGCUGUGCUGUAUGGUUUGAAUGUCUGUGGUGAUUCCAAUAAUAACUGCAUGAAAACUUAUAAA